AGCCAGACUCUGGUCAUAGAGCCGCAGCGCUUCCGGUCCCGCGGAAGCAGAGAGGGAGGCGGAAGUGCGGUGGGCUCCGGGCGUCGCGAUGGAAGAGAGCGAGUAUGAGUCGGUGCUCUGUGUCAAGCCGGAGGUCCACGUCUACCGCAUUCCACCGCGGGCCACCAACCGUGGCUACAGGGCCUCGGAAUGGCAGCUGGACCAGCCAUCAUGGAGUGGCCGGCUGAGGAUCACUGCGAAAGGGAAGGUGGCCUACAUCAAGCUGGAGGACAGGACCUCAGGGGAGCUCUUUGCCCAGGCACCAGUGGAUCAGUUUCCUGGCACAGCUGUGGAGAGCGUGACAGACUCCAGCAGGUACUUCGUCAUCCGCAUCGAAGAUGGAAAUGGGCGACGGGCAUUUAUUGGAAUUGGCUUCGGAGACCGAGGUGAUGCCUUUGACUUCAACGUGGCACUGCAGGACCAUUUCAAGUGGGUGAAACAGCAGAGCGAGUUUGCGAAACAAGCCCAGAACCCAGACCAAGGCCCCAAAUUGGACUUGGGCUUCAAGGAGGGCCAGACCAUCAAGCUCAAUAUCGCAAACAUAAAGAAGAAGGAAGGAGCAGCAGGGACCCCCCGAGCCCGGCCCGCCAGCACAGGAGGGAUAAAUCUGCUUCCCCCGCCUCCUGGGGGCAAAGCCUCCACACUGGUCCCACCCCCUGGGGAGCAGUUGUCGAUGGGGGGGUCCCUCGUCCAGCCACCAGUUGCUCCUGGCUCAGGAGGUGCUACCAUGUCCUGGCCACAGCCCAAGCCUGCCACUGCUGCCACCGCUGACAUCUGGGGAGAAUUCGCCAAAUCCACAGGGUCGGCUUCCAGCCAGACGCAGCCGGGCACGGGAUGGGUCCAGUUCUGACUGGAGCACAGCACUCUCCUGACACUGCGUCUGGGAAGGAGCUGCCUUGCCCGGGCCGAGGUUGGAGUUAGAGCGCCCUGGCUGGCUCCUGCAGCAUGCUGUCCUCUCCCUGCUGGCUCUUGACAGACUGGCCCUGUGGGGCGGUAAUUGGCACCGUGUCACAGUGUUGGCGGGAUUAGAGUAUGCAGCUGGAGCUCAGGAGAAGAAACUCCGGGACCCUACCCUGUCCCUCCUGGUGUGAGGGAGACCGAGACCGACCUUGCUCCAUUGCAGUGACCCGCAUUAAACAUGAGCCCCCAAAACAACGGAAUGGGUUGAGUUUGCGGCCUGGAUUCAGAGCGGCCCUUUUCGGGGGUGAUAGGUGCCGUGGGGUCACUGUUGGCAGGGGGCUUUCUAUACUUCCCUUAGCGGCAGCCACUCAGGUGCUCUCCAGAGGAAGGACACCCACCUGAUUGCUAGUGGGUCUUUAGGCUGAGCUUGAACAGGCCAUUGGGGGAUAUUUGAUUAAGCAGCUUUUGAAAAAUGUACUAUUCUGCUUUGCUAACAUGCGAAUCUGCACUAACUCACCUUUGCGUGUGCACACCGCGGACCUCUGAAGGCGCUGCCCGCCAGCUGCCCGAGCCCAGGCAGCACCGCAUCUCCGCCGCUCGCCUGGUCCCCGUCUGCCAGCCAGGUGGGCAGUGCGGGGCAAGGCCGGUGCUGGAAGCCAGAUGGGGUGGCAGGUAGCAGGAAGGUGCAAGCUUGUCACAGGGCCGGCCGGCCUUCCUGCCUGCUGGCCACCCUGUGGGCUCAGGGGUUCCCAGCGCCACGGCUCCUGGCGGACCUGGAUUCUCUCACUGGUGGUUUCUGCAGUAGUGCCUUAGCCGCAGACAGCCUCGUAACUAACUUUCUCCUUCAGGGACUGUGAGUGACAGACGGGCUCUGAGCGGUGGCGUAUAAGCCUGCAGGACUGGUUUACAAGAAGACAUUUUGUCUGUGUGCCCCUCAGAGAUUUCUUUAUUGAAUUAACCUUACCUCUCAGCCGGAAGAUUUCUUUUGUGAAAGGUCAAAACUACGAGCUGAAAAAAGUGUUGACCUUUUCAUGGGACCAGAUUUUUUAAAUUAAAGAAAUAAAUAUUUCUACUUCUGUUGGUGUACGUCAAA